UGCAUUUUCUCCCUCUGUGAUGGCAGUGAUUCCAGUAGGAGGUCACAUGGUCACCUCAGACAGUGACAGUACGAAGGGUCAUUUCUUUCGUCUCGCAUCUUGUUUCUUGUUCUCUUCUGAACCUCACUAACUGCCAUGAUAGUUCUUACUAUCAUACGAUCCCUUCUUCUGACUGUUCUAUUGGUUUUAGUGCUAUUUCCAUCAAUUUUGAGCGGAGCGCGGCAAGUCCUUGUUAGGUGCAAGUUAUUGACGCAUUACUCGCCCCCCGGACCUUCACCCCCGGCAUCGCAUAUUAGUCCUCCUGGGGAUCGUAGACCAAGACGAUCCAGCCAGCCCAUCUUCACUACAUCGUGCUACUCCGGUGGUUGGCUCGUCCGCCCUGACAUCAACCAACAGCAGCUGAACACCACAGCUAUAACAGCAUCGGGGGGGAACGAUGAAUCACCAUCAUGGACUGUCACCUGGAGUACUUUGCUUGUUAGUAGUCAGACGCCUUCCCUACACUAUUUGAUAAAUAUGAAAAAUAAAAUCCAGAAAAUAACAGAGCCCCUCACUUGCAUUCAAUUCUCAAAGCCAGUAUAUAAUCUUGAAAAACAUGGGAGCACUUAGUAUAGCAAUCUUCAGCAGAUCUACUUCUCUACAGAAAAAAUACAUAAGAGAGAAAU